AUGCCGCUUGUGAACUGGAGCGAGGCUACGCCUGAGGACCUCGCCGGCUUUACAGCAGACUUCCUCCGUGAAGAGUUGGUUCGCCGAAACCUGGACGCUACGGGGCCGAAGGAAGAAGUGAUCAAUCGUCUCCUCGCCGAUAUAGCCCAAAAUCGCUCAACGACGCCUUUGUUGCCUUCCCCAGACUCCUCAGCGCCCAGCCAGCGCCCGAACACUACGCCGCUUCCUUCGAGCUUCGAUGCAGCCCAAAGUACCGAGUUGCUGACGGGUUUACUUCAACAGCUCCUUCACGUGUCACAACGCGCUGCAGCGCCAGUUCAGGUCACGACUCUUCCAGACCUGUCCGCAUCGCUUCCUACAUUCAAUGGAGACGGCAGCAUUUCAGCGUCCCACUGGAUUGAAGAGUUGGAACGAACUCGAAACCUAGCUUCGUGGGAGCCUUCAACCGUACUCGCCGUCGCUCUGGGAAAGCUCCGUGGAGCAGCCGCGGAUUGGAAAGCAGUCAUUGGCCGUCAGUGUCCCACCUGGGAAGCCUUCAGGCAAGCUUUCUUGGAUCAAUUCAGCGCCAAGCAAACCUUGCUACAGUGGCAACAAGCUGUUACUUGUCGCGUGCAAGCGCACGGAGAGAACCUGGUCCACUACUCUCUGGCGAAGUUGAAGCUCAUUUCGGGAUGCCCGGUCACUCUCACCGACACUCAGCGCAUAGAGUACGCCCUUCAGGGCAUUGCAGACGGGAACCUGGCCACUACUAUAGCAGCACAACGCCCAGAAACCGUCGCCGCCUAUAUGGACAUCGUAACGCAGCUUGACCAAACAUUGAGCCACUUGUCUCGUCGACUCCCACGCCCAGGGUAUUCAAGCACCAAACUAGCAACGCCAAGCCCACAGGUGCCCCGCCACAGUGAAGAGGGCACGAAUGUUCAGGCGGUACCAGACAAAACAAGACAGCCGCAGCGAAUCGCAGCCCUACCACCAGACCAACAAGAGGCUCGGUACCUGACCAUCUCUACGAGGCAUGGCGCUCCUGCCUACCGUUCUGGCCAGAACUUGGCCGAAGCCGUGUGUUUUCAAUGCCGCCAAAAAGGACAUCUAGCUUCAAAGUGCCCAUCCAGAGCUACUGCCACACAGUCUACAACGCAUCCUUCGCCAGCUCUUCACAGCACGCUUUCCGAGACCCUUGAUGGAUCGCUGGUCCAAUGCGCCCUUGUAAACGCCACAAUUGCUGGAAUCGGCCAAGUGGACGCAUUUCCAGACAGUGGUUCCAAGGUGACACUUGUUUCUCGUCACCUUGUCAGAUCUUUGCCCCUCCUGCCCUGGACCAGACCCCCUCUAGUUGUCGUUGGAGGAACGACAGUGGCUCCUGCUGGUGCUAUCUGCUUGAAGAUCUCUGUGGGACCCAUCACCGGUUUGGUGGAAGCCGCCGCCCUCGAUAACAAUGCCGUGCCACUUAUAUUGGGGGAAGACUGGUUUGCUGCCAGUCACGCACAGUUGCUGUUCCAGCCACCCAUGCCAACCGAAAUUCGUCAUUCCACCACUGGAACAAGUGUGCGGUGCCAUGAGCGACUGUUGCCCAGGAUGUCGAACGCUGUUAUGAUCCAGGGGUCAUCUUUCAAUUGCCAUGUAUCUGGACACCACAGCUCAGCAGGCCUCCAGCGAAUGCCACUCCCAGGCCCAGAUGAACCCCCGUGGUUAGCUCUAUCUUGCCAAGAUGAUGUUUCAAACACCAACGGCCCGUCUUCUGAAUGCAAGCAAGGUGCUUCUUCAACAAUAGAGGUUUGCAUUGACCCAUCCUUGCCUGCCGCUCAGGUCGGUAGCCAUUUGCCAGCACAUCAACAACGGGAAAUCACGAGCAUUCUUUCGAAUCACGCUGAAGUAUUCGCUCGUGAAGAGGGUGACUUAGGUCUGUACGAGGGUGUUGAACACUCAAUCGACCUUCUUCCCGAUGCUGUGCCAUACAGUCGAUCCCCUUACCGUUACUCUGCUGCAGACCGUCGUUUUCUUGAGGCUCAAACAAGCACACUCCUUCGGCAAGGCAUCAUUCUUCCAGCCUUAGGACCUUGGGCAUUCCCCGCAGUGGUUGUCAGCCGAGGUAGCAAGAAGCGCCUUUGUGUUAACUAUGUGCCCCUAAACAAGAUGACUGUGAACGUCGUGCAGCCACAUCCACAUGCGGAUGACAUCAUGGAUGACAUUGCUGGGUCACAGUACUUCGCCUGCCUUGACCUAAAGUUCGCUUACUGGCAAGUUCGCGUUCGUAAGGAAGACCAAGCAAAAACUGCUUUUGUUACCCACUAUGGCACCUUUAUGUGGACUCGCAUGCCAUUUGGGCUGAAGAACGCACCUGCCACUUUCCAGCGGGCCAUGCAGUCAAUUUUUGCCAACCUGCAGCCCCAUUGCCCAAAGUGCGGUGUGCGGGUGUACUUGGAUGAUGUUCUGGUUUUUGCGCCAACUUUUGACGAGUUUGCAAGGUUACUUGACGAAGUACUUGGUGCACUCCUUGCCAGUGGAUUCAAGGUUUCACUUGACAAGUGCAAGUUUGCUUUGAAGUCUAUCAGGUUUCUCGGAUUCAUUUUGAGCAAAGACGGCAAGCAGCCUGACCCUGCCAAAGUCGAAGCCAUCAUGAAAAUCCCACAGCCUGCAAACAGCAAAGCAGUUUUGUCAUGGCUCCAGACAGCAAACUUCUAUCGCCGAUUUGUGAAGAAUUUCUCUCGGAUAGCAGCACCGUUGCAGAGUCUCAUACGGUCUGAGGAGUUUGCCUGGACCAGCGACUGCAAUGAAGCCUUUCAGCGAAUCCGCACAGCAUUAACAGAGGCACCUGUACUGGGCCAUUUUGAUCCAGACGCCCAAACCACAGUCACAACAGAUGCCUCAGGAACCGCAAUUGGUGCUGUGCUCUCUCAGAAACAGUGUGGAAAAGAAACUGUCAUCGAAUAUGCGAGUCGUGCACUCACUGCCGCAGAGAAGAAGUUGCAUAGCAACGUUUGGGAGUGUAUUGGUGUCCACUGGGCGGUUACGAUCAAGUUCCGACACUACUUGCUCGGCAAGAAGUUUUGCCUGUUGAUUGACAACUGGACCGUUGCAUGCUUAACAGCCAACAUCAGGCCUUCACGUCGUUUUACGACCAUGUUGAUGGAUCUUACAGAGUUCGACUUCACUGUGCAGCACCAUCCAGGCCGUCAAAACGUGGUUGCUGACAUGCUGUCACGAUUAUCUGCAGCAGUCCUCCAUCAGACACAGUCACUCGCAGCUAUGCAAGCAGAAGACAGAGAGUGCCAGGACCUUCGUCGCUCUCUGUCAUCUUCAGAAUCGUGGGACCAUGACCUUGCCAUAAUUGAUGACAUCCUGUACCAUAGUGACGCGACUUCAGGUUCUCAAGCUAUUGUAGUGCCAGCAAAGAUGCGCCAGGCUGUCCUGGAGGUUUUUCAUGACGGUGGAGGCCACAUGGAUGUAACCCGGACACUGACCAAAGUGAGAGAACGAUACUGGUGGCCAAACCUUACGUCUUCAGUGACCCACUACGUCACAGCAUGCCAGAUCUGCCAAAGCAACAACCGCCCAAUAUCUAAAAGUGUUGCCAAAUGGGUCUCAUGCCAGUGUCGGAUGUUCCCUUUGCUUUAA